UUAUACUCCUAUUACAUUGUAUUGGGGUUUGAUACUUUGAUCAUUACUAAAUUAAAAAAUAAAAAAAAUCAAGAAAUGCAAACCCAAUUUCGCACUAAAAAAGAGAAAAGGAAAAAAAGAAGAGGAAAAACCAAAAGUUGAAAGAAAGAGUAUGCGAAAGAACCAUUUUCCUUCAAUUGAGUCAAUAUACAAGGAAUAACUCUCCUUCUCCAACAAGGAACGGAAAGAAAUAAAAAAGCGAUCCUGGGUUAGGUUUUCCUCAGUCCUCACUCACUCAGUCCCAGACCUCCAUUGAAUAACACUCAAAAAUGUUGCUUUCCCGUUUCUCCAUCCUCACCACCACCAUUGUCUUUUUGGCCAUCUUCCCUCGGUUCCGGGGAGACCCAGAUUUUAUACUCCGCUAUCACAAGUUCGAAGCCUCGUCUUCGUUCUCAAAAGCUCUCGAAUUCCUCCAGGGCCAAAUUGGGUACAAUUUCAAGAGUGUUGGUCUGCUCAGGCGGGCUAUGACCCACUCGUCCUAUUCGGAAGAGAACAACAGGGCAUUGAGCAUUUUUGGUGCCAGUAUCAUUGAAACAUCAACCUCUCUGUAUUAUCUGAAAAACGACAUUGAUAUUUCCCCUGAAGAGUUGAACACUCGGAUCACUGAUGUCUCCAAGGUUGAAACUUCUUGUGCCAAAGAUGGGACUCGUCUGGGGUUGCAUAAGGUGGUUAGAGUUUCUCACAAGAGCACGACCAAUUCUUCCACUCCUUCUGUCGUUUGUGGAGCUUUCCGGGCAAUUUUCGGGGCGAUUGCUAUCGAUGCUGGAAACUGUGAUGAUGCCGGAAAAGUGUUUUUGGUUGUUCAUGGUGGAAAAGCUCUUGCUUUUUAAUGGUGUGAACACAGUUGAUUUUAGUUUCUUGUUAAGUUGUUUGAUGUCGUUUGUUCUUGUGAAUGUUGUUUGUGUGAAACUUGUGUACUUACCUUUGUUUAGAUAUGAUGUUUUGAAAAAUAUUUUAUAGGAAUGUAUGUAAUGUAUCUUUAGUCUUUAUCUAUGCUACGCAUUAUGCAGCUUUGUU